AAAUAUAAUAAUUUGUAGAUACUGAGAAAUCACCAUGGGCAAAAUUGCAUUUUUGGCGUUAGUGGUUCUAGUAAUUGGUGCCCAGAAUGAAGUAUCUUGUGUUGAGAAGCGAGAUGCUGAUUUAAGCCCACAAUAUGAGGAUGAUCCUUUUUGGGGUAGUCGAGGAAAACGCGCAGCUAACGCAGACCAACAAUAUGAAGAAAUGCCGUUCUGGGCUAGCCGUGGAAAGCGAGAAGACAGCGCAGACCAACAAUAUGAAGAAAUGCCGUUCUGGGCUAGCCGUGGAAAGCGAGAAGACAGCGCAGACCAACAAUAUGAAGAAAUGCCGUUCUGGGCUAGCCGUGGAAAGCGAGAAGACAGCGCAGACCAACAAUAUGAAGAAAUGCCGUUCUGGGCUAGCCGUGGAAAGCGAGAAGACAGCGCAGACCAACAAUAUGAAGAAAUGCCGUUCUGGGCUAGCCGUGGAAAACGCGCAGCUAACGCAGAACCACAAUAUGAAGAUGACCCUUUCUGGGCUAGCCGUGGAAAACGCGGAUUUAAAAAGACUAUAAAAAAAAUUAUUAAGGGCUUGGUUAAACAUGGAAAACGCGAAGCUAACAAUGAAGUAUCUUGUGUUGAGAAGCGAGAUGCUGAUUUAAGCCCACAAUAUGAGGAUGACCCUUUUUGGGGUAGUCGUGGAAAACGAGCAGCAAACCCAGACCAAAUAACUUAUUAUGACGAACCUUUCGGGGAAAAUCGUAGGAAACGUGCAGCUAACGCUGAACCAGAAUAUAAAGAUGACGCUUUCUGGGCUAGUCGUGGAAAACGAGCAGCUAACCCAGACCAAAUAUAUUAUUAUGACGGAAAUUCGGACCAUCGUAAACAACGCGCAGCUAAAGCUGAACCACAGUAUGAAGCCAACCCUUACUGGGCUUUCUUUGUAGAUACUGAUGAAAACACCAUGGGCAAAAUUGCAUUGUUGGCGUUAGUGGUUCUAGUAAUUGGUGCCCAGAAUGAAGUAUCUUGUGUUGAGAAGCGAGAUGCUGAUUUAAGCGCACAAUAUGAGGAUGACCCUUUUUGGGGUAGUCGUGGAAAACGAGCAGCUAACCCAGACCAAAUAACUUAUUAUGACGAACCUUACGGGAGAAAUCGUAGGAAACGCGCAGCUAACGCUGAACCAGAAUAUUUAGAUGACCCUUUCUGGGCUAGUCGUGGAAAACGAGCAGCUAAACCAGAUCAAAGAAAUUUGGACCAUCGUAGACAACGCGCAGCUAAAGCUGAACCACAGUAUACAAUCGACCCUUUCUUUAUUAGGCGUGAAAAACAAUAUGAAAACAAUGUAUAAUACAAAAAAUGCAGCAAUAAGAAAAUUUCUUAAAAACUUUUUUAAAGCUUAUUUGACAAAACGUCCUGCGUAACUUGGUCCAGAGCUAUUGCAUAAUAUUAUAUAGAUUGAAGAGUAAGAGUGACGCGUGUAAAGAAGAAAUAUAAGUACCUAAAUGUGUAUCUUUGUAAUGAAUGAAACUAAAUAAUAUUUGAACGACUGUUAAAUUAAUUUGAGAAAGUUAUUUUACGUAUAAAUUCGAGUGAUAGGAAAUUAUAUUGUUAUACUAUA